AUGAAACCAUUCCUCCUAUUUCUUCUUGUUCUUGUUAUUUCAAGGAUUGAAACAAGUGAAGCUACAAGAACUCUUGAUGAAACUCAUCUUCUAUUGCCAUCUUUGCAAACCCGUCCUCCAGUUAAGACUCCAUCACCCAAUCCAGGAACCGGCAAUAGUGUGAAUAUGGCAAGCACGAUUACUGAAAGAAACUUUGCCGGUCGUAAAAAAAUUGUUUUUGCUCCCCCUCCUCCUCCUACUAAUGCAUACCCUCAUGAUGAAACUCAUCUUCUAUUGCCAUCUUUGCGAACUCGUCCUCCAGUUAAGACUCCAUCACCCAAUCCAGGAACCGGCGCCAAUGGGAAUAUGGCAAGCACGAUUACUGAAAGAAACUUUGUCGGUCAUAAAAAAGUUUUUUUUGCUCCUCCUCCUCCUCCUUCUACUAAUGCAUACCCCCAUGAUAAAACUCAUCUUCUAUUACCAUCUUUGAAAACUCGUCCUCCAGUUAAGACUCCAUCACCCAAUCCAGGAACCGGCGCCAGUGUGAAUAUGGCAAGCACGAUUACUGAAAGAAACUUUGCCGGUCGUAAAAAAAUUGUUUUUGCUCCUCCUCCUCCUCCUACUAAUGCAUACCCUCAUGAUGAAACUCAUCUUCUAUUACCAUCUUUGAAAACCCGUAGUCCAGUUAAGCCUCCAUCACCCAAUAAAGGAACCGGAUAUUGUUGCUGA